AUGUCCCAGGAAGCCCCCCAGGAGUGCGUGGACCCCGGCACAGAGGAGGCCAGGGCGCCCCCGGAGAGGACAAGCGACUGCUACCGCGUGAGCGCGCACCUGCCGGCCAGGUUCAACAACCCCGCGUGCUUUCGGGGCUACAGGUCCAAGGAGCCGGCCUCCAUAUACAGGACCAGCAACCAGACUUAUGGGGGCCAAGCCCCCACCGUGCACGAAAUGCCAAAAGUAUUUUAUCCGACGUGGAAUAAAUUCUCGCGACACCUGGCAGCAUUUGGGAUGUUUCGGAACAGCACCUUCAACGUGUGCAUGGAGAAGAGCUUUGUGACGGGCCCUGGCAACUACAUCACCCCCUACGACCGUCUCAACUUCCACCCCAGCUACAACGCCAGCAAGCCCUCCUUCUGUGAGUGA